UGUAGAACCCGUGUAAAAGGUAGAGUCUGUGAAGUUGAGCUUGAAUGAAGUCUUCAGGUGGUAAUGGCUGUAUCUGGAGGGGCAUGCGAAACAUUGGAUGAUAUUCCAGCCCAUGUAUGGAGAGGGCUUCCAGACAGCAUGAGCCUGAGCCCAUCUGCUGUCAAUCCAAACCGUAUAGGUGUCUGGGCAUCGAGCCUAAUUCCUAAAGGAAAGAGGUUUGGCCCUUUCAUAGGAGAGAGGAAGAAGAGGUCUCAAGUGACCAGCAAUGUUUACAUGUGGGAGGUAUACUUCCCAGCUCGGGGAUGGAUGUGUGUGGACGCCACUGACCCCAUGAAGGGAAACUGGUUGCGGUAUGUGAACUGGGCGUGCUCGUCUCAAGAGCAGAACCUGUUUCCCCUGGAAAUCAACAGGGCUAUUUACUACAAAGUAUUGAGGCCAAUCGAACCAGGCGAAGAAUUGCUGGUGUGGUACAAUGGGGAAGAAAGCGCAGAGAUAGCAGCCGCGCUGGAGGAAGAAAGGAGCAGCAGCUCGGGCAAAAAACACUCACCAAGGGCAAAACGAGCAAGAAGGAAGCUGUUGGAAAAAGCCAGACAGGCUGGUUUGGGAAGAUUAUCUGAGGACAAGCCUUUGAGUGCAUCUAAACCUACAGUUGCUGAGAUGCGUGACUCAGAGGAAGGGGUGAAUAAAGAGGAAUGUAGACCUUGUGCAUCCUCAGAGCCAGCCCAGGAGACUGCAGCUUCUCAGGAGACCAAGGACUCCUCUCCAUCUCGUGUUCUAGCAGUGGAGAUGGAGCAGAGGGAGGGGGAGGAAGUAGAUCAGGGAGAAAUGGAGCUGCCUCAGCCACAGAAAAGCCCAGAGCACCCUGCUGAGACAGAGUCAGCAGACAGGAAAGAACAGCCUGACCCACAGUUAAUUCCUGGCAACCCUGUCAAGGAAAGCUCUGUGAGUCCUUUGCGUGAAGCUGAGUUUGUGUCCUCUGUAGUGUCUCCUGAGUUAGAUGCAGAGGGGGAUCCUGACUUUGAGGAUGACGCACAGGGUGGAAAUGGAAACCACCAUUGCCAGCACUGUGAGCGCCAUUUCUCCACCAAACAGGGUCUGGAGCGUCACACUCAUAUUCACACUGUUGCAAAUCACCAGACACAUACCUUCAAAUGCAAAUACUGCACCAAGCCGUUUGGCUCUCAGGUAGGCAGGCGCAGACACGAAAGACGGCACGAGAACGGGAGUAAAAGCCUGAAAAGGCCAUCUUCUCUUGCAGGAACAGCUUUUCCGCUCAGUCCCACUAGGCUUAAUGACUCUCCUCCAACCUCUGAUGGUGUGACAUCUCCAAGCCCCACCAUCAUGAGCUCUCAGAAUGGUCCAUCUCAGCAAGGCUCAGAUGCUUCAAGUAAAGAUGCUGUAGUGGAGCCUGAACAGACUUUCAUUUUAGAUGAGAAUGGGGAGUCAAAAGAACUACACCCUUGCAAGUAUUGCAACAAGGCAUUUGGCACUCACACAAACAUGCGCAGACACCAGCGAAGGAUUCAUGAACGCCAUCUAAUGCCAAAAGGUGUUCGAAGGAAAGGAAUUCUCUUACAGGACAUGCCAUCCCAACAGCAAGAGCAGGGCCCAACCACAGCACUCCAGAAGGCUUCUCCAAAUGCCAGCCCACCUCCUAUCUAUGUACCCAGCGUGGACACAGAGGAUGAGGGAGAACGAGAGGAAGGCAUGGUGGAUAUCUCCAAAAACAUCUCUGAGAACCUCAGCCUUUACAUAGAUGGAAAGAUCCUGUCCACAAACACUGUUAGCAGCUGUGAGGUGAUAGAGGUUGAUUCAAGUACUGCUGCAUUGUUUGGUCUUGAUGCAGUCAUCUUGAAUCCCAACCAGAUUAGUCAAGCACUUAAAGUUGAAACACAGCCUUGCCCUGUAAAAGAGCUUUCAGUUACAGCUCAGUUGGUUCCUAAAAGGAGAACUUCUACACCACCACUUCUUCCUACUGUGAAAACGGAAUCUGAAACUAUGUCAUCUACUGCCUCUUCUUCCUCUACUUCCUCUCAAUCACCCUUAUUGGUAGGCAAUGUCUUCCCACAAUCCACAGAGACACUGGCCUUUCAAAAGGAAAAAAACAUUUAUCUCUCCCCUAAACUGAAACAGCUUUUGCAAACCCAGGACAGUCAGAAACCAACUCUUGCUUUAAUUGCAGAUAGUCGCAGAUUGACUACCCCUCUUUCCGUAACCUCCUUGCCUGCUGCUCAAGGGAAAUUUAAAAGAAGGACUGCUUCCCCUCCCACCCCUGUACAAAGCAGCUCUUCACUGAGCCCUGAAAGCUCAAACAUUGAAACAGCGGAUAGAUUUACCCUUAAGGUGCCAAAGGUCGAAAGCCAUUGCACCGUCCAGUCAUGGACUUCAUCCAGCAAAGAUCAGAGGGACUCCCUGAGUCCCACUGGAAAGGACUGGCCAUCUUCAAUAAGUGGGGGCAAUUCUUGCAAUCAGCAGCCUCUUGACCUUUCCAGUGCUGUUAGCAAAAGAGAAGGCUACAUAAGCAAAGGGCCUGGUGAGUCUGUGCUAGAUUUAAGCAUGCACCGUAAGGGCAUGACUCAUCAUGAGACAAAAACAAGCAUGUCUUUACCACCACAUGUUAAGAGAAAGAAGCCCAACACCAGCAUGUUAGAGAAAGUGCUAAUGAAUGAGUAUGCAGGCUUAAGCUCUGCUGGAGAGGAAGGUUCUACAAGUCUUGGAAGCCCAGACCCUCACUCGUCUCCAGGCAGUGCCCCAGGUGCAUCCCCCACUAGUCCUUGUUCUAAUUCAGAAAACCCUCAGUGUGAAUCCUCUUCUCCUCCUUCCUUGACCCCUGUUACUAUGAACCCUUCUUCUCCGUCGUCAUCUAGCCUGGCAUCCUCUACACCUCCACCUCCUGUUCUUCCCACUGUCCCCUCACCACCACCUCUUACUCAAUCUCCAGACUCAUCGUUUCCUAAAUUGUCUCCCAAACCCGUUGAUCACCCACUAGAGGAAAUGUCACGAUCCUCUAAUGUAACAGAAACAUGUGAUGAUACAGUGAAUCUGAACAUUAAAGACUUGGACCAAACUGCUGAGCAGUUAGACCCCAUGACUGAUGCACUGCCUCAAAGUCCUCAGGACACAAAAAGACAUUGUAAAGCAGAUUCCUUUUCAAAAUCUGAAACACUACUCAAGGGCUCAACCUCUGAUUUUAAGCUUCAUUUGCUAAAAAAUGCAAAUCAUGCCGUUUCUUCCUGUGAAAGGAGUACUGACUCCGAAUCCAGCCAAAGUAAUUCCUUUGAUGGAACUUUCCUUCCAGACCUCAAUAUUAAAACUGAGGGUUGUCAAAAACCACAGUCCCCUGACUCUCCUAUACACUUAAGUCUAAAUUUGGAGUCACUCUCUCCAUCUCACAAAGUAGAGGUAGGUUCUUCUAAUCUAGGGCCAUUAGACGAUAAUAAUGUGGUCAUUAAUGAACACUUAACUAUUGAAAAGGCGGGUGAAAUUGCAGCCAAUACUGAUACCGUUUCCUCGUCAGCCUUACCUAGAGCUGCAGCAAAUUCUUCUGAUGCAGAGACGUUAGAGCAGGAGACAUUUACAAAGAGCUUUGUAUGUAAUGUCUGUGAAGAGCCUUUCCACUCGAUUAAAGAACUUAGCAGCCAUAUUAUGCAACAUGCUGUAGAAUGGCCUUUCAAGUGUGAGUUUUGCGUGCAGUUAUUUGGAAAUGCUGCAGCUCUGUUGGAGCACCGCUCCUCUCUCCAUGGAGUUGGGAAAAUUUAUGUUUGCUCUCUCUGCUCCAAGGAGUUUGCUUACCUCUGCAACCUCCAGCAGCACCAGAACGACCUGCAUCCCGGCCAGAGCUGUGCUUACACCUCAGUUGAAAAUGGCAAGCUCAGGCCUCAAAAUUACACUGAUCCUGCUCAGGCUGAUAUGGACAGAAAUUCCUUGCAUUCAACCCCUGACACAACUGUAGAUGUUGCCUCUCAGGAUUCCACUGGGGUAUGUAGCACUAAUGACAUUAAAAAGGAAGAAAACGAUGAUUUAGAUGGGCAAGAGGACCCCACAGAAGAGCUGUACACUACAAUAAAGAUUAUGGCGUCUGAGGCUGGAAAGCCCAAAGGCCCAGAUGUGCGCCUUGGCAUUAAUCAACACUACCCCAGCUUCAAGCCUCCACCAUUCCCCUACCACAAUCGAACACCUGCUGGUUCCGUAGCAUCCGCAACUAACUUCACCACCCACAACAUCCCCCAGACAUUCAGCACAGCAAUCAGGUGCACCAAAUGUGGCAACAGUUUUGACAACAUGCCUGAACUCCACAAGCACAUCUUGGCUUGUGCAAAUGCUAGUGAUAAGAGGCGGUACACUCCCAAGAAGAACCCCAUUCCUUUAAGGCAGAUAGUGAAACAGCUUCAAAAUGGUGUCAUUUCAAACAAAGCAGCAGCAGCCACCGGAGGGCAGAAUGCCUUCCGUAGAAUGGGUCAACCCAAAAGGCUUAAUUUCAACCAGGAGAUACCCUCUAAGGUAAAACUUACCGCCUUGAACAAGAAGAAAAACCAGCUUGUCCAAAAGGCGAUAUCUCAGAAGAACAAAGCUGCUGCUGCUUCUAUAAAGAAAGCUUCUGUUCAGGUUAAGGAGGAAGAACAGCCUAUCAAUGUGUGUCCAUAUUGUAGUCGGGAAUUUACAUACCCUGCCAGCCUCUCGAAGCAUGUUGCAUGCAGUUGUCCUCAAAAACCAGUUAUUAAGAAAAAGAAAGGAGCAUUAACGCCUCAAGACAAAAAUAUGAAUCUUCGAAGUCGAGCCACAGACUCUGAAGUCAAACAAGAAGCCGACUCGGGCGUUGCUGUGCGGCCUCUGGUGAAAACACGGACCCGGAACUCGGAGCCGUUAGAGAAUGAAGUUACACCAGCUAGCAAAGGUAAAACAGGGAUGCCUCAGGUACGUGCCAAAAGACCUGCUUCUAACACAUCUAAUACAGACAGCACGGCACCCAAAAGCAAGAAGGGCAGAAAGAGCAGCACUCAGUCUCCAGUUCCAGUCUCCUUGUUACCGGCUAUUACGAAUGAUCCUGUGGCGAGGCCAGCCUCUAAAGCUCAACGUGGCAGUAAAGACAUGGCCCCAAAGAAGGAGGUGGAGCCCAAAGUGCCAGUCCAGAUUAAAAAAGAGGAACGAUUCUCCAAGAGGAUGCGAGAGAGAGUGGGUGGUCCAGUUACACGCAGUCUGCAGAUGGCCAAUGCUGAGGUGAAGAAUGAAGACUCUCCAAAUAAUGAGUCUGGACCUGGGGAAUAAAAGGAAUCCCUCUUGAAUCCCCCUGAUAUCUUGGUCAAGCUCAGUGGACUUUAGAGAAACUCCAGGCAGGACCGUCGGUGAGAGACAUGCUGAUGAACUUGAUCUUCUUGAAUUGGAUUAUCAGAUUGAUUCAAAGACAUCGGGAGCCUUAUCUCUCCUUGUAUGCUUCAGUUUGGCUGACAGAAGCAUGUUCUAAAUGCACUUUUCAUAAAUGAGCCUUUUGUUUGGUUGUGCAACCCAAAAAAGAAGAAAAUGACUGUAGAUUAUGAGGAAUAUAUAUAUGUAUCUAUAUCAAAAGGAAUAUUACUUGAUUAAUAAAUAAUGGCCCUGCGGUUCCGUUAA